UUGCUGGUUGCUUGGGGGUGGACGGGCGGGAAGGCCUGCACCUGCAGCCGGUGUGCGACGGGCGCUCAGCCGCGGGCUCCCGAGCGGCCAGCCGGCACCGCAGGGUCUUCCGCGGGAGGGGCAGGCUCCGCAGCGGGGUCGCCCUGCAAACCGGGCUCUCCCGCAGGUGCUCCGGCCUGCUCCCGCUCUUCUUGCUCUCAGCGGCCCCUCCCUUCUUUUAUCCCGUCGACUCCUCACCGGCGUCCGCGCCUGCGCUCAUUCCUUGAGCCGCUGGUGCAGGUGCUGUUUGGGGCGUUGCAAGCACAGCCGUGCACACAGUGUCCAGAACUCCCUGCCCUCCAGAGCCUAGGAGCCUAGAGUUAGGGAGGGACCGACCAGACGUAACAGACGCGGGACUAGAGUAAUUUACCGUGUCGGGAAGUGGGCGAGCGCUGUUGGAAAAAAGAGGAAAGGUAAAGCCAGAUAAUCCCCAGCCACUCCUCUCUGUGUUCGCGGGCCUCUCUUCCUUUUAGUGGAAUAUUCAGAAGACAAGGGGUAAGACCACAGCUAGCUCAGUGCUGCUCAGAAACCCCAAAUCCAGGGCACUGUGUGACACAUCAGGCCAAAUACCAGCUGGCCUGUGGGUCAGCAGGGGCCCUUUGGCUGGCAUCCCCCAGGCCACUUCCAGACUUGUCUGGGCAAAGCCAGAACUGACUCUGGGAUUUUGACCCAAACAGCAGGGAAGAAUCUGGACUGUAGUGGAAGACUGUAAAGAAAGCUGGGUAAAAAGAUGCAGGAGGUGAUGGUGUCACAUGAGAGUCCAGGCCCUCCACGCCAGCUGCCUGGGACCCCUGAUGCUGAGCUCCUUCAGGAAAGAGCCCUGCCGGUGUCGCAGCACCGCGCGUCUGCCCCGGAGGGAGGCCGAGCAGCCCCGCCAGGAGCGAAGAGCGCGGGGGACCGCGGGCGCGCGCGACCUUGGGACUCGGUGACGUUUGAGGACGUGGCCGUGCGCUUCAGCGGCGGAGAGUGGCGGCGUCUGACCCGCGCUCAGCGGCGCCUCUACGCGGCCGUCAUGCUGGACAACUACGGGCUCGUGGUCUCGCUCGGCUUCGCGGGCCCCAAGCCGCCUCUCAUCUCCUGUCUGGAGCGGGGCGCCGAGCCCCGCGUUCGCGAUCUGCAGGACUGGGGGCUCCUGAGCUGCUCCUUCCCAGUGUCAGCAGACCGGACCAGGCCCGGGACUGAGAGGGCAAGUUCAGAGCAGGAGGUGUCUGAGGGUGGGGAAGUCGGCGGCGUCCUGUCCGGGCACCCUGAGGCUGGAGGAGCUUGUGUCCAGGAUGUCAAGUCGGAGAAUGCACGGCACCCGGCCGGGGUGGAGACACUGGGAGAGGAGAAGGGGACCCUCGAGGAAGGAAGGGCCUGGGCGGUGCUCGCCAACAACUUGAGCUCAGACUCCAAGUGCACCCCGCGCACCCGAGCCCUGACCGCACGGAGCCCCCGCCCUGGUGCCGCGCGCGGCCAUACCUUCCCGCUUCUCCACGGGCGCGUCCGUGCUGGCGAGAAGCCCCACGCGUGUCACGAGUGCGGGAAAGCGUUCAAGACCAGAAAGCAGCUGCGUGUGCACCGCGUCACGCACACGGGGGAGAAGCCCUUCCGCUGCGCGCAGUGCGGGAAGGCCUUCAGCAGCCCGUCGGCGCUCUGCCGGCACCGCAAGGCGCACGGCGGGGAGAGGCCGCACGGCUGCGGCGCGUGCGGAAAGGCCUUCAGCAGCGCGAGCCGGCUGCAGCGGCACCAGCGGGUACACAGCGGCGAGCGGCCCCACGAGUGUGCGGUGUGCGGCAAGACCUUCCGCUUCCGGCACUGCCUCACCCUGCACGGCCGCACGCACACCGGGGAGCGGCCGUACGCGUGCGGGCAGUGCGGCAGGGCCUUCCGCUGCAGCUCGGACCUCGCCAAGCACUGCCGGAUCCACAGCGGCGAGCGGCCGUACCCGUGCCGCGCGUGCGGGAGGGCCUUCCGCCGGAGCUCCGACCUGCGCAAGCACGCGCGGACGCACGCGCGGGAGCCCGCAACAGGCUGCCCACAGUGCGGCGGCCGCGCGGGGCCGCGCCGCCCCCCGACGGCCCACGCCCCCGAGAAGCCCUACCCCUGUGGGCGGUGCAGCCGCGCCUGCCGCCCCCAGGGCCCACGCGGGGCUCCUGAGCGCGCGCGCCGCGGCGAGAAGCCGCACCCGUGCGCGCACUGCGGCAAGGCCUUCCACGAUCGGCACGGCCUGGCCGUGCACCAGCGGCUGCAUACCGGUGAGAAGCCGUUCGCCUGCCCCGAGUGCGGGAGGGCCUUCCGCGGGAAGUCCAACCUGACCAACCACCGGAGGAUCCACACCGGCGAGAAGCCGUACGCGUGCGAGGCAUGCGGGAAGGCCUUCCACCACCGCUCGGGCCUGACGCAGCACCGCCGGAUCCACAGCGGGGAGAAGCCCUACCCCUGCCGCGAGUGCGGCGCCGCCUUCCGCCAGCGCGCCGCCCUGGUUGGGCACCAGCGGGUGCACACGGGGGAGAAGCCCUACGCAUGCGAGCAGUGCGGGAAAGCCUUCAGGGUGAGCGCGAACCUCUCGGGACACAAGAAGAGGCGACAUCGAGGAUGGCGAGGCCACGCGUCUGGGGAGGGUGGGAAGGCCCCCUUCCCCGGGACCUGUCCGACCUCCUCCGUAGGCGGGGUUUGACCCGCAGCCCUUGCGGAUGCCAUCUGUGUUGGCGCUUUACGUUCUCCUUCCGCCCUGGAGCCUGGUUCUUCCCGGCUUGCUGCCCCCGACUGAGCUCCCCGGAGCCUGACCGCCCUGGGGAGUGUUGGGGCGAGCACCUGCACUGCCAAUGGGGAAUGCCAGUCAGUAAUGCUACCAGGUAUCUCCUAGCCUCGGAGCACGCCAGCCACUCUUCUAAGGGCUGUGCAGUGCCAACUCGUUGACUGCAUAAAACAUCCCUACAGGAUGGGGAAAUUAGGGCAUAAAAAGAUGAAACUUGCUCAGGAUCACUUAGCUACUAAGUUCUGCACAAACCCCCCCCCCCCCCAACCGCCCUGACAGGCUCCAGCCUGCACCCCGCCAAGACGCCUGCAACCCAUCUCUUAGAUGUGAGGCUACAGCUCAGUUCAGCAUGGAGCACGUUUUAGUUGAUAAAAUAUUGAUCAAUUUUAGCAAGGUUUUGGUUUUGUUUUAACUUAAAGACUGAUGGUACUUUUCCAUAUGGGCUCAGAAUUGCUGAGACCGGGAUGGGAAAGGAAGACAGGACCGGGCAGAUUUAGAAAUCAUAGAUAAGUGGGAUCUAGCUAUGCGCUGCUCCAGUAACAGUUUACAUAUGGAAAGACCAUGAAGCCCAUCUCACUUUGUUAUAAAUACAUCAAAAUGUCAAUGUGUUGAUUUCUUAAAAUUUGCUGUAUUUAUUUGCAUGACAUAUGAAAUGCUCUUUAAAAUGUAUGAGAAAUUUGCAUCUAUCUUUCCAAGUCUUUCAGUAUCUCUUAACAGACACCCUUUCUCUUUCAAACGUUACGUAUUUUUUACAGACAGAAUUAAAAUAAAUAACCACAACCAACAAGGCUGUUAAUUAGACAUUGAAAAUCCCAGGGGCACCUGGGUGGCUCAGUUGGUUAAGUGUCAGACUCUUGAUUUCAGCUCAGAUCGCGAUCCCAGGGUUGUGAGAUUGAGUUCCCCACUUGGUGGAGAGUCUACUGGAGAUCCUCCCUCUCUCUCCUCCUUCUCCUCUCUCUCUCCUUCCCUCCGUCUCUU